GUCAACAAAGAAUCAAUAUGGUUCAGACCAAGAACCAGUACUUGUACCUCCACGAAGUUUCGUGUGAAGCGCUUUGCACUGUUGGUGAAGUAUUGGAAAACACGGCUUUUAUUGACACCCCGCGCACAUCUGAUUCACUGAACCAGGAAUAUCAGCACAUUUGCAAAUCACACAUCCCCGAUCGAGAAAAAGGUGUGACAGAUGGCGAAUAUACGCUAGUCCUAGAUGGCGAAAAGCUAGACAAUCUGGAUAAAAAUGCUGACUUGUGUGUUGUUCCGGAUGAUAGAUACCGCCCUGUACUGAACAUGACGUUGAAUACUUUGGGACAUAACGAUUAUAUCAACGCUGUUCAUUUUUCGACAUUCGGAGAGAAGGAUAGGUUGAUUCUUACCCAGUCGGCAAUUGUGAGCUCUGCAAUAGAUUUUGUUCGGUUGUUACACGACCACGUUAUCAGAACGGUGGUGACUUUCGCCGACGAGGUGGAAUACUACAUGACGGGCAGUAGUGAAAGCUGCUUGAUUGGACAAUUCACAGCCACAACUAAGUCUGACACACAGAAACAAGUUUAUAAAGAAUCCGUUGUAUAAUUUAAAUAUAUUGCAGAGUAUGAGGGUUUCGAAGUCCGGAUCAUCCGAUUUAAGAAAUGGUCAAACACUUUGGACUUUUGCAACAUAAAAGACCUGAUGAGUCUUUUAAUUAGUGUUCAGGAAAGCGCCUGUAGGAGGCCGGUCGUUCUUCAGUGUCGUGACGGAUAAAGUCAGAGUGGAUUGUUUGCGGUUUUAUGGUGCCUCGUGGAGCCAUGUCAACGGGAUGGGGAGGUGGCGGUGGCAGAAACAGUGAAGAUGAUCAGAAAAAGGAGAAAACAAGUCAUCACUAAUGAGGCACAAUAUCGGUUCUGCCAUCCGUUCAUGAGAGAGUAUAUCGAGGGCAGCCUGGUAUAUGCUAAUACAUAAAGUACGUGGGGCAAGAAUACAAAGAUUAAACUUUCUUGAUGGAAUUUAUUUGAGGAAGAUUUUAUUGACUGAAUUAUACGAGGAACAUAUCGUUUAUCUUCACGAAAGUAAGACAUUUAUUUUAAGAUGAUUGAUGUCCUAAUGUUGUGUGCACAUAACUGUUUUUCAUAUGCAGAAUAUUACAUAAAAUAGCAUGACUCCACGUGUAAAUAGUUAAAUCUUAAAAUAUAAUGCAUAUGUUUACAGUUGACAAAUGCUUGUUGUGUUUUUACUUUUACUUUUCGGCCGACCUAAUUGCGCAGCUUGUAUGUGAAGUUUAUGUCAUAACAUAUCCAACCCCAAAGUUAAAAUACAAGGAUAGUUUUGUUUACAGCGUAUGUGUUUACAUGUUGAUGGAUGAUACGAGUGUAAACAAAAUCGAAUGAUUAUGUUUGUAAUUUUCAAUAUUUUCAAGAUCCGCUCGAAAAGCUUAUUGUUCAGAUGACUUAUAAAAGACAAGGGAAUGGUGAGACGAGUUCAUUUCCUAAUAAUGUAUCUACAGUUUGCUUUGCCUUACAUAUUUACAAAAGAAACACUAUUGUGCACAUAUGAAAGUUAACGAGCAAUGUGUUCAACGUGUGCAGUAUAAGAUAUAAGUUUACUUUCUACACCAAACAUCUAUUGGAAACUCCAAAAUAUGUAAGCGCUAAGAUGAAUGCAAUAUCUUUAUACCAAGAAGAUAUUCCAUGUGCAGUAAGGAAAUCUCUUGAUUGAGAUUGGCUGAGGAUUAUACUAUGUUAUGUCUUCAUGUUUGAAUUAUGCUUGUUAGCAUACCAUGUAUCACACUAUGCAUGAAUGCUGUAAUUGCUUUUAUAAGUGCAAUAUAUUUGUUCUUACUUUUAUUGUGCCAUAAAAACAUGUUUUAAUCAUUGUACACGUUUGUAACGUUCCCACGAAUUUGUUAUAAACAAAAACACAUUUUCUAAACAAAAUGAAUUUUUGGAUAUAAGUACAUUACUGUUUGAUGCAUUUUGGAAUCAGAUUCUUGUCAUAACCAGUUUUUACUAUUAUGGUU